UCAUCCUGCCCUGUCUCUACGGGUUUUGUGGCAAACACUGCGGAAAUCGAUGGAGAGGUGCGAGCUUCAGCCUGUUCCUGAGCCGCAGGGAGAGCCUGGCCAAGUGCCGCUACGCCCCAGCCUUAUUGGCUGUGUAAGGUGCACGGGAUUAAAUCGCUCCUGCUUCAGGCAGGAUGGGAGGAUUGUUUCAGCCCAUGUCUUAGUGUUUUCAUGGUUAUGGGCAGGGGGAAACACGAGUAUGGCUGCAGCUGUUGAACGUAGUGAAGCUCCUACCAAGAAUUUGUCUUAAAGGGAACUUGCUGCUGCCUCUUGUUUGAGGUGAUGAAUCAUUAAUACGAAGCAGGCGUUGGCUCUAUUUUGUAGCAACGCACCAACAGCAGGCACUGCCUUAGGGGGAAGAAACAAAGCACUUUUACUACUAUUUGAUAUCCUGCCGUGUCUGCUGCCACUUAUCUGUGAUUUACUCCACAUUCUGGCACUGGUUGCGCCUUCCCGUAGAUCCUGUCAUUCAGUAGGCUUCUGGCAGACUGGCUGCUGGGUCUAGAACAGGAGCGAAGUAAGCUUGAAGGGAAUACUGAAGAUACACAGGCUUUGGGAAGGCUUUGAACCAUGGAUAGCCUCAGUACAGCAAAUUGCACUUUUGCUCUGGACCUCUUAAGAGAGCUGCGUGAGAAAAACAGCACAAAGAAUCUGUUCUUUUCUCCUUUUAGUAUUUCUUCUGCUUUGUCUAUGAUUUUGCUGGGUUCAAAAGGGAACACUGAAGCCCAAAUAGCAAAGGUGCUUUCUUUGACCAAAGCUGAGGAUGCUCACAAUGGGUAUCAAUCACUUCUCUCUGAAAUUAACAACCCUGACACCAAAUACAUCCUCAGAACUGCUAACCGACUUUAUGGAGAAAAGACAUUUGAGUUUCUCACAUCAUUUAUAGAAUCAAGUCAGAAAUUCUACCAUGCUGGGCUAGAACAGACUGACUUCAAAAAUGCUUCAGAGGAUUCCAGAAGGCAAAUAAAUGGCUGGGUGGAAGAGAAGACUGAAGGUAAAAUUCAAAAACUGUUGGCAGAGGGAAUUAUUAACUCCAUGACCAGGCUUGUGUUGGUGAAUGCCAUCUAUUUCAAAGGCAACUGGGAAGCGAAGUUUGAGAAAGAGUGCACAAAAGAAAUGCCAUUUAAGAUUAACAAGAAUGAGACCAAACCUGUGCAGAUGAUGUUCAGGAAAGGUAAAUAUAACAUGAGCUAUAUUGGAGACUUGGAGACCAAAGUCAUUGAGAUCCCUUAUGUUGGUAAUGAGCUCAGUAUGAUUGUUCUACUUCCCGAUGCAAUCCAGGAUGAAUCUACUGGCUUGGAAAAGCUGGAAAAAGAACUUACAUAUGAGAAGCUGAUGGAGUGGAUUAAUCCUGAAAUGAUGGACAGUACAGAGAUGAGGUUGUCUUUUCCCAGGUUUAAACUAGAAGAAAAUUAUGAUCUGAAACCCAUCCUGAGUAACAUGGGAAUGCGUGAUGCAUUUGACUUACGGAUGGCGAACUUCUCAGGAAUCUCCUCUGGUAAAGAGCUUGUGCUCUCUGAAGUGGUUCACAAGUCCUUUGUGGAGGUCAACGAAGAAGGCACUGAAGCAGCAGCAGCCACAGCAGGAGUGAUGAUGCUCCGCUGUGCUAUGAUCGUUCCCGACAUCGUUGCCGAUCAUCCCUUCCUCUUCUUCAUCCGGCACAACAAAACUUCCAGUAUUUUGUUCUGUGGCAGAUUUUGCUCUCCGUAAAAAGACAGAAGAGCUGCCAUUAACACAGCCAUGUGAUUUCUUUUAGGAUGAAACUGCUCUUUUGCACUAACUGCUUCUUUCCACUGUGCCUGAAUCCCAUUAUCUGGUUGUCAUUUUGGGCUUGUGUAGAGUAACGAAGCCACUUACAUGUACACAGCAGCUACCACUUAAAACAGCAGCCUUACACUUUGCACCUAAGCAGAGCUGUUUUCUUGCUGGCACAAGAAACACGGACGUCCCACUUGCUCUGUGAACUUCCACCCGUCUUGCACUCUGCUUUUUGGGUCCACCAGAUAGCAAGGUGACAUAGAAAAAGAAGUCGAUUUUGUUUCUGACUAUAGUGACUUAUGCUCUGCCCCACAUUUUUCUUCCUAUCCCCACUUAUUUUUGUCUUCUUUAAUAUUUUGAUAAUGGAGAGAGAUGAAAGGAAGCUUUGGCAACCCAUUUGUAAGAGGUACUAAGCAUCUGCACUAGACAGAGGUUUUACUCUAACUGGAUAGCGCUUAUACAAGAAUGAGAAUAAAAGUUUGUCUGUAACAAAUGAUCUUAGAGGUUUUCAUGGAGGAAGGAUUCUUACCUUAACACCACAUGUGCCACCUGGGAACAUCAGCUGUCGCCUUGUUCAUUAGUCUUUUAAAAAAGAAUGUUUAAAAAACGAAAGCAUAGAUGCCUAUGCAAUAUUUAAGUGACUGAGCUUUAUUUUUAUUUUCCAGUCUUUAUAUUUUUUUUCCUAUCCUGGGUUUGUUAAUCUUCAUUAAACUGAAUGCCAAAGGUUUCUUAACGCAGUGAUUUACUUGUUUUGCUGUUUGGAAGAAUAAAUAAACUUGUUGUGAGUCUGUUUCUUCUUUGACCUUAAA